UUCCGAGCUCAUCCGGCUCCUCGCGCACAGCGCGCACGUGGGAGUCAGAGUUCAGCGCGUGCUCAAUAAAGCUGUUUUAUUCAGAUAUUAAGAGAUUUUUUAACCGCGUUUACAAAAUAUUCGAAACGGGAAAAGAUUCCGUUUCAAAGUAACAAGCGAAAUAACAAUUUGUUCGCAUUUCCAAACGCUGCCCUUGCGAUCAAAACAAACUCGAGCUGUUUCAGGAGGCUGCGGUGUCCCAAAUCGCGCCCUGCUUUCUAGACCUGUGCACUACGUAGCGUGUGACGUCGCGGUUUGUAAAUCGGAAUCUAGUGCACUACGUACGCGGUGAAUAGCGAUUUAGGAUACGGCCUGCGACAGAGUUUAUAUAGCUAGAACUACAGAGCUUCUACAUGAAUGUUUAUGAAAUAUAUGAUUUUUUAUACUAAAAAAGUUUUAAUCAGAAAAUAAAAUACUAGCUCGUGUGUUAUGCUGAAAUGAGCAUGACAUUCAGGACAUUUGCAUUGCAUGCACUUUCCUGCUGAAUGAGAGAACCGAACGAACUCAUCGGCCCUGUAACACGCAUGUUUCUCUAGAGAACCUGGAGAACCUCGUAUUCUCCCAGCUGCCAGUCACUCAAGAUGUUCUCAGUCUACCAGGAGCGGGAAGAGUAUGAAGACGAGCUGUAUGCCGAGGAAGAACAUGCGGACGACUCCGAGCCUGACAGUGACGUCGAGUUCCGGCUCUAUUCCCAGCUCCACUAUUGCACAGAUGACCUGGAGAACCAUCCGGAGAACUAUGAGGAGAACUCCGGUCAUGAAACACCUCAGGAACCUCAACCUGGCCAGAGAGUCCAACCUCCUGCUGCUCCUCCAGAUGAAGUCAUCCUGAUCGAUUCAGACCCGGACAUCAUCACGCUUUCAGAUAACACCGAGGAGGACGACAGCGUGUGUGCCAGGAAAGGUCAGAGGUCAAAAGGGAAGGGAGUGGCUCCUAUUUCACAGCAUCAACAUCAAAGUGAAGCCGUCCGCAAUGAAGUGGUAGUCCUGGAUUCAGAGUCGGGCCAGAGUUCAGAUUCGGAAUCGAUUCUGCCGUAUGUGGUGGAUCCGGAUUUAGACUCGGACUCGGAUGGUUUGGAGAGCUGGAUGAUCUUGGGUCGGGAAAAGGAGGAAGGAGAUCAGGACAUACAGCUUAACGUCUUUGCGGUCCGCAAAAGGGAAUAUUCAGAGUUUGACAAUGUCAGAGGUGAUGAGAAGAACUGGGCCGUCUCAGACAAAGACAAGGAGGCUCAGAUUUACAACAAAGGCGUUGGCUCGAGGCGUGUCUCUAAUCGCUACUACACCGAGAAGACGGUCACCUGCCAUAACUGCAACAAGCUUGGCCACCUCUCCAAAAGUUGCCCCACUCCCAAGAAGGCACCGUGUUGUUUGCUGUGUGGUUUUCAGGGCCAUUUUUUGAAGACCUGCCCGAACCGUCACUGCUCGAACUGCGCUCUUCCAGGUCACACGUACGAUGACUGUCUGGAAAGAGCGUACUGGCACAAACGCUGCCAUCGUUGUGCCAUGACAGGUCACUUUGCUGACGCCUGUCCAGACGUCUGGAGGCAGUACCACCUCACGACGAGGCCGGGUCCCCCGGUGAAAUCCCUUCAUCCUGAGGCUCACAGAUCUCCUGGGUAUUGCUAUAACUGCUCCAGGAUGGGACACUUUGGCCAUGAGUGCAAAGAGAGAAGGAUGUUCAACGGAACGUAUCCCUCACUGCCGUUCGCCUCCUCGUACGACACGGUGCAUGACAUCAAACGGCGAGAGCAUCGGGCUCACCUCCAAGCCAAAGAGCUCCGUGAGGCCGGUCUCCUAGACGAAGCAGAAGCCGCUCCGACUCCGCAGCCUCCGUGGAAGAAAGCGAAGAACACACAUUUCCAUCAAGUCCCUCACACACACAGCAGUGCUCACACCCCAAAGAGACGCAUUGCCCACACGCCCAAACACCCACCUCGGACAACACCCAAACCCAACACACACCUGCGCUGGAACGAGGACACACCUGUCCCGAAGAACAAGAAGAAGAAGAACACGAUGAUGAUGAUGAACACACCUGGACCUAUCAGCGCGUCCACGCCUCGUUUCGAGAGCAAGAAGAAGACAAAAAACAAGAAACAGAAAAUAAAUAUCAUGAACGAGGAACAGGACUUUCCACGAAGCUUCCAGAAAAGUCCUUACAACAAAGGAGAGCGCUUUCAAACUCCGCCGUAUAGAGGGAGGAAAAGCUCCGGAGUGCUGUUCGGCUCGGAAAAGAGCAAGAAGAAGAAAAACAAGGAGGAGAAAAGAGCAAGAAAAGCGGCCAGGGACACUGAGAACCUGUUUUUGAUCAAACAGAGGAAACGUAGUAGAUAGUGUGUGUGUGUGUGUGUGUGUGAGAGAGAGAGAGAGAGAGAGAGAGAGAGAGGAAAGUUUGUGUGUGAGUGAACGAACCCUGAGUCCCUUCGAUGGUUAUCUUUAGACCUAGAAGAAUCUACAGUACCUGUCUACAACUUGAUGAAGACAAAAUGAAGACAAACCUCUUGCUUGUACAUAAGUUUGUAGAAUUUUUCUAUUUAAUAUCGGUUACACGGCUGUGGCUCUGCGACAGCGGUAAAUAAAAGCAGUAGUGUGGUUGUG